CUGACUACACUGGCGCUGACGUACUGUACGUUUGUGUUUUUGUGUUGGCUUGUGUAUGCUCGUACACUUCUGUGUUUGUGCACCAGACCGAAAGCGGCUAAACCAGCUAAACCCUCAAACUAGCCCAAAAUCAAUUUGUGUGCCUAUGUGCCUAUGUGCCCUUGUAUCACAGUGUAUGUACCAACAUGUGACUGUGUACCGUGGAGGCGACCGUUGAUCGUGUGAAACCGAAAUUCUAAGCCACCCAAGCGACGUUCGGAAAGUUUGCUUCUUCAACAGAAGUUAAAGCACCCUUCGCCAAGUAAUCAGAGGGGGCCAUGUCCCUGUCGCACUUUGACGAACGCAGUGGGGCAGUCCCCUGCAAGACUCCGUGGGGCAGUUGGUGGCAGACGGUCGGCGAAGUCUUCGUCCACGUACAAGUCCCGAAAGGAACCCGUGGCAAGAACGUCUCGGUGGAGAUCAAGCCGAGACGCAUCACGUGCACGGUCCACGGAAAGACCCUCUUCUCCGGGAACCUGCAUCGCACUGUGGUCGCCGACGAGUCAACGUGGACAAUAGAGGAACAAGAGCGCAUCCUGAUUCUCCUUGUGAAAUCUGAACCUGCUCAUUCGGAAAAGGUGUGGGGUUCGCUCUUGGAAGGGCAGUAUGCACCAGAUCCUUAUGUGAUGCACGAGAUGAUGAAGAAACUGGACCUAGAGAAGUUUCAAAUUGAAAACCCUGGGUUUGAUUUUAGUGGCGCGAAACUGGACAAGGCAUACGACAAGAUCCCCGAAAGUGUCCUGGAGAAUUACGAGAAACGGCAGCAGCAUGAGCAGGUCGAUGUGACUCCCAGCAAGGAGUGGCUCUGAUUGCUUUGCUAUGUUUUUGCGAGCAUGAAACGAAGCUGGUUGUUGAAAGAAACAUGCUUUAUUGAUGGAAAAGUGUAGCGCCCACCCUCACUUCUUUAUUUACACUUGCAUUUGUAUCAAAGCUUGCCAUCAAACCUAACUUGCAUGGUCUUGGUGGUUGCAUUUCAUAUUUUGUUUUGUUUGUGACAGUAUGUACAUAUUUCAUUCACACAACAUGUUGCACACUGCAACAGGCAUGCCCUUUUUCUUCGUUAGUUUUGUACAUUCAAUAAAAAUAUACUCUUUUCAACUGAAAGGUUAUUUUUCUCGUCUUUUUGUUAACAGGGAUUCACUGGAACAUUUUGCAUAAUAUGUCAUGUGCAUCUGGGUUGACUUGUCCAGCUUUGUUUCAGUACCUCAAGAUUGCAAAACACAGAAAUAAUAUGAGGUGCUGGACAUGGUGUGCAUGGUGUGCCUGCCAUUCGAAGCACUUGAAGUGACUGUCCGACGUGAAAUUUUAAUUGACUAAAAUAAAAUUAAUGACGGGGAGAAAAACAAAGGUCUGCAAGAAAACUACUACAUAACAGCGUAAUCUGGUGCAUGAACAGCUAGCUGGCUAUGACAGUUGCAUGAUGAAUGAGAUAUUUUAAACUCGUUUUUAGCAGAGACCACAACAAGCUCCUAUUUGCCCAAUUCUAUAGCUCUUGAAAUUGAUGAAACAAAAAGUCUUGUAUAUAAAAAAUAUGGAAUGCCUUUAACACUCUUCAGUAAUAAAUCUUUUCUAUGUUAUCACAAGCCACACAUAUUUACAGCCAGCACUGAAAAAUGCUGUUAGCAGCUACUACAGAGAACGUGGUGCCAUCUGGAGGCCUACUUAAGUACCGAAACUUUGUGGCCAUUCUCCGACCAGUUUUAUGGCCUAGCAUCAUGGAGCAUAGGUAAAAAAUAGAAAAAGUUAUUCGUAAUAAGUAAAGAAAAUAUUUAUAUUGUUCACACAUGGAAAAUAGGACCCAUCUUUAGCUAGGGUACAUAGAUAGACUCUAAUUAAAGCAACACACCAGUGCACUUUGUGAACCUGGAGCGAGCGUGCUUCAUAAAAUUUUCAACGUCCUGAGCUAGGCUCCAACAAAAAAAGACACUCAAAAGAUCAACAAAUACCUGCAAAAGCACCACACUACUAUUGCCAUUAUUCUCACAAUAAUCGUGCUAGCUACCGCCUUCCAUAGGCCGUCUGCACUGCCCUCAACACAUACCCCAUUGUGUCAAAGAAUGAUGCAGUAUCUUGGUGGGAAGGCACAUGUACAAUCGGGUUCCAACGACUUGCAGUUGUCGUUCUGAUGGCCUUGCUGAAUCGAAUGUGUCGCGAGCCACCUCAAGCCUAGAAGAGUUUCUGAAGAACCUUGAGCGGCGGCGUCCCCCCGUGUGGGGGCUUGCAGCGUU